AUGGUGGUAAAUCCACCGCUGUACUGGCUGGCCCCCUGCACCCCCGUCAGAGUGUGCUUGAGGCCUCCAGUGGUUUACCUACCUUGCCUUUUAGGUCUGGAGUCCAGCUUCCAGGUCCUUCAGAGGCGGCAUCUGAUCGUCAGUGAAGAGAUCCAGCAGGAGGUGGUGGUUCCUGCAUCGGUGGGAGGAAACAGCAGCGGACCGAGCGAGUCGGGGGGGAAGCCCCGGGAGUCAUCCAGUAAGCAAGUCCAGGGCAGGUCCUCUGUGCUGAGGGUGGUGCUGCUUGGGAGGGCAGGGGAUGGGAUGAGUGCCUCUGGAAACACCAUCCUGGGCAGUGAAGAGUUUCAAUCUGAUGCCAGCUCCUCCUCAUUAACAAAGGAGUGCAUGAAGAAAACAGCUGUAGUUGCUGGGAGACACGUUUCUGUGGUCGACACUCCAGGAUUUUUUCACACAGAUCUCUCUAAAGACGAGGUUAAACUGGAGAUUGGGAGAUGUGUCUCCCUGUCCUCCCCGGGACCCCACGCUUUCCUCCUGGUGAUGCCGUUGGGUCCAUACACAAAGCAAGAGAAGGAAAUAGUGCAGGAAAUCCAGAAGAUGUUUAGUGAGAAAGUUAUGAGGUUCACCCUCAUUCUGUUCACCAGAGCGGAUGAUCUCGAAAAGGGCAUGACUAUCAAGAAGUACCUUAAGAGCAGCCAGGAGCUCCAGGAGCUGGUGACAAAGUGUGGGGGGUGUCACGCCUUCAAUAACAAGGAGGAGAAUCCCACCCAGGUCACUGAGCUACUGGAGAAAAUAGAGAGCAUGGUGGCUGAGAACGGAGGCAGCCACUACACUGAUGAGAUGUACCAGCAGGCACAAACAGCAAUCAGACAAGAGAAGGAGGAGAUAUGUGGUUGUGCCCCGAUGUGUCUGUGUUUGUAAAUACAAUUUUUCUAUUUUCUAAUAUUUUUGUAAGGCUCAUUCAGUUAAUAGUUAAAACAGCUAGAAUUUGAAUACAGUUGUCCACUUUUGCGAGCCAGGACCUAGGUAGUGAAUUAUUAGCAGCUUAAAACUUUCAGUAAUUUGACUAUUCAAUGAUUUCACCUGAACUAUAAACAGAAAUGAUACAGCUUCAUCUGCGUAUUGAUCUUUGCUUCUGG